UCAUGUUGUUUGGUGGUGCGGAAGUUGUUAUGGAGAAAACACUUUGCCGUACACAUUACAGCUGCCUAUGUGUUCUUCAAAACAAGUCAACGGAGUCCACAUCAAAUCUGAACUCUCGAAGGAAGUGAUAAUGAUGCAUUCACACGCGUCUUAAAGUCUUUAAAGCAGUCUGUCGUCUCUGUAAGGACAAAGACUCAUGAAGCGUUAGCGACAUCGGCUAAUAUCUGAAUUCAUGGAAGGCUCCGGCUAGCUGAACUCAGUUAAUGCUGUCACCAUGCCAUCUUACGAAGAAUGGAGAAAAACUAUUAAAUUCUAUUAUUUUGUGAAAUUCUCACUAAAUGUCUAUUCAAUGCUUUUCUCGUUACUAGGUCUGUGCGUGUUAUGUAUUGGAGUGUAUGCAGAAGUGGAAAGGCAGAAGAAUCGUACCCUGGAGGGGGUGUUUCUGGCUCCUGCUGUAGUCCUCAUAUUGCUGGGUCUCGUCAUGUUCACAGUGUCCAUGAUGGGUAUGGUGGGCUCUCUCAGGGACAACAAGACUCUGCUGCACAUGUUCCUGUGCGUGCUCUGUGUUCUGCUGGCUCUCCAGGCUCUUGGCCUCAUCAUUGCCCUUAUCUUUGAAAAGACGACAAUCAAGUUGUUUCAGAACAGUAUACGAGAAGGAAUAAAGCACUACUAUGAUGACCUGGACUUCAAAAACUUAUUGGACUAUGUGCAAGAGAAGUUUUCUUGUUGUGGGGGAGAUGAGUAUAAGGACUGGGAAGUAAACCAGUACCAUUUCUGCAAUGGCACAAGUCCUUUGGCCUGUGGCGUUCCCUUUACCUGCUGUAUUCGUCAAAGUGUCGGAGAUGUUGUCAACACACUCUGUGGCUACAAAACUCUCAAUCAGCAGCGUGAAACUUUAGAUGGCAUUAUCCAUGUGCGUGGCUGUAUCCAUGCUGUGAACCUGUGGAUGGGUGACAACAUUGGUGCUACAAUUGGAAUUUGCUGUGCCGUCGGGCUUCCACAGCUUCUGGGUAUACUUCUUAGCUGUGCCUUCUGGAAUCUUCUGGUGGAAAUGAGUAAGUCUGUAGAUAUGGUGGACUUCAAGUUCCUGAAACGUGCCGGAUUUGAAUACAGCAAUCUAGACCUCUCAGGGGCUGGUUGGUGUAUGUGUCUACCUCGGGAUGGAGGUUACUUACCUGUGCCUGUAGCAGAACCUGACACCUGGUCUCCAGACCCCAUCCCAUUCGACCUGGAACAAGAGAUGUCCAAAAUACCUCUCACACCUUCCUACCUGGGGAGCCAAGGAGUCGAGUCACCCAUGGGAAUGGAUGAAGUGGACAAUCACACUUAAGAACCACACAGAAAGAGGGGUUGCAUCUUGUGUUUUUUUGAUUGUGAUUUGUAUAGACGGUUUGCCCUUUCACGCUGUGCGUUGAGACAGAGAUAGUUGUUAGUUGCACUGCGCGUUGGUAAAUUUGUUAUGAACCAACCAAUGAUUAUUCAUUUAUUUAAGAUGAUAUGGCACUAAAUUUGGAGAGAUUUGUGUAAAACAUUUGGUAACGGGAAAUCUAGAAUGUACGGAGACCUCCACAGACUUGUAUUUAUACAACGUUUAAAAACAUAUCACUUCAUAAUACUGUUUACAUAAUCAUAGUUAUUUUUUACAUAAUUUCAGUUACUAAUUUUUAAAGGUUUAAGGGUGUUUUUAUUUUUUUUUUUUGUUUGUUUUAUUGGUCAUAUUGUUUUUAAUAUAUUAAUACUGCAUAUGGUACAGUAUUAUUGGCAAUCAAUAAUGUGUUAUUUUAAAAAUAUUUUUGCAUUUUAAACGUAAUUUAUGCCUGUAUUUCAAUCAAUUCAGGGAAAAUUUUGUAGCUUCAGAAUUCAUUAUCAAUGUUGUGACUGGCUGAAGAAGCUGUUCUUUCAUCACUAGAUGCACUGUUCCUAAAAAGUUUGAGAUGUGCAUUAUUAAUUCUGUUUCUAUAUUACACUGCUGUCACAAACCCCUUAUUAACUGUUUAAGAAAAGAAGCAACAUAUAGGAAUAUUAUGGAUCUUCUUUUUCUUUUAAAAAGGGAAAGUGUUUGUCUCAGUGACGUUUUAGCAUUCUUUCUUAAUGGUAAGAAGUACACAUGAAAUUUACAUUUAUUAAAGUGUUGCCUUACGUACAACAAAAAAAAAAAAAAAUUCCAUCUGUACUUCAGGCUAUUCUGGAAUAGCCACAUUGAUUUUCAGGUAAUUUAUAUUUAUGAUUUUUAAUACUAAAAGUUCUGGCCUUGUGUAUAACACUACUUGAAAUUGUAUUUGUCUAUAAAUAAUGUUCAUAAUUAAUGUUUAGUUGCUGCAAACUGUUCUAAUGCGUAGUUUGUGUAUCUUUGUUUGAUGAUGGGAUAAAUUGACAAAUUUAGCUUGAAGGAUGUCAUGAUUACAACUGCCAUUUAUUCAUAACUGUCACCUUUUUGCUGCAAGAAGUCAUUUUGAAAUACCUCACGUUCUCACCACUUUGCUAAUACACAUUUUGAUGAUGUUGCUCAAGGUGGACUGCUCUGCUCCAGCUAAUGUAGCUAUGGUUUUGUUGUAACAGUAGUAUGACUUUGAAUAAAAUGUGC